UAGCUCACUGGUUCACCUCCACUCUCACUCUCACACAUUCGGAGCCCAAACUCGGUCAGGACGCAGGAGCGACUUUACACAACUUUCUACCUUUAAGACGCGUUCAGGGAUCAUCUCUCUGUGGAAUACACCCUCGUUCAGUUGGAGCAGUAAACUAUGUAUUUGUCUGCAAAUGGGAAUUACAUGCACGCCUGAAACUCUGGCUGACUUUCCCCUCCAGUGACUGUCAGACGCGUUUUAAACAUGCCGGAGAGAAUCAGCAUUUCAGACUUUGUGGUCCUGACAAACGAGGAUCUGUCUUCGCCGGGGACUUCAAGUUUCCAGUCCAAAAUGAGCGACUGUCGGAACACAGUUUCCACCGUGGAUGAGUCUCUGGAGAUGGACCACACAACUCUACAGAAGAUGAAGAAGAUGAUCAAAGCUAUACACAAUUCUGGACUCUCCCACGUGGACAACAAGGAGCAGUAUGUUGAGUUGCUGGAGAACCUGGGAAAUAGCCACCUGACCCAGGACAACAACGAAGUCUCCACAGGGUUCCUAAACCUGGCUGUGUUUACCAGAGAGGUCACGGCCCUCUUCAAAAAUCUGGUGCAAAACCUCAACAACAUCAUGGCAUUUCCUUUGGAAAAUGUGCUGAAGUCAGAACUCCGGGACAGCAGACUGGAGCUCAAGAAGCACAUGGAGAAGAGUUGGAAGGACUAUGACAUAAAAAUAGGGAAGCUAGAGAAGGAGAGGAAGGAGAAGACCAGGCAGCUGGGUCUGAUCAAGACGGAGGGAUCGGAUGGAGGGGAGGACAUGGAGAGAGAGAGAAGGACCUUUCAGCUGCAAAUGUGUGAGUAUCUUUUGAAGAUCCAGGAGCUCAAGGUGCGUCAGGGCCCUGAUCUUCUCCAGAGCCUCAUCAAAUAUUUCCAGGCCCAGCUCAGUUUCUUUCAGGAUGGGCUGAAAGCUGCAGAGAAUCUCGCUCCCUUUAUCGAGAAGCUUGCUGCUUCUGUUCACACGGUGCGUCUGGACCAGGACGAGGAGGUAAAACAACUCACUCAGUUGAGGGAUUCUCUCAGAUUACUUCUGCAAGUGGAAGGGAAAGAGGAAUAUCUGAACAGGAAGAACUCUGGCAAUGGGUAUAGCAUCCACCAACCACAGGGUAACAAGAAGUAUGGAACAGAGAAAUCCGGCUUCCUGCUCAAGAAGAGUGAUGGGAUCAGGAAGGUUUGGCAGAAGAGAAAGUGUGGAGUGAAAUUUGGCUGCCUGACAAUUUCCCACAGUACGAUCAAUCGACCGCCAGCCAAGUUGAACCUACUGACCUGUCAGGUGCGACCGAACCUGGAGGACAGGAGGACCUUUGACCUGGUCACUCAUAAUCGGACGUACCGUUUCCAGGCAGAAGACGAGCAGGAAUGUAUGAUAUGGGUGUCAGUGCUGCAGAACAGCAAGGAGGAGGCCCUGAACACAGCAUUGGUAGGCGACCAGCUCCACCUCCAGGACAGCGGCCUCCAGGAACUCUCCCGAGGCAUCAUCGCCGAGCUUCGGCACAUGCCUGGCAACGAGGCCUGCACUGAUUGUGGAGCGCCAGAUCCAACAUGGCUGUCGACAAAUUUGGGCAUCCUGACCUGUAUAGAGUGCUCUGGCAUCCACAGAGAGCUGGGUGUCCACUACUCCAGGAUCCAGUCACUCACCCUGGACCUACUGAGCACCUCUGAGCUUCUGUUGGCUGUCAGUAUUGGCAACACCAGAUUCAAUGACAUCAUGGAGGCGGGCCUUCCAAAUGACUCUGUCAAACCAUUGCCACAAAGUGACAUGAAUGCCAGAAAGGAGUACAUCGUGGCCAAGUACGCUGAGCGCCGGUAUGUCCUGCGUAGAGAAGAAGCAGACCCUGGCCGGCUGUAUGAUGCUGUGAGGAGUCGUGACCUCACUUCUCUGCUACAGCUCUACGCUGAGGGAGCAGACGUUUCCAAACCACUCACACUGCCCGAUGGACAGGGGAUCAAAGAGACAGCUCUUCAUCUUGCGGUGCGUCUGGAGGAAAGAAGCUCUCUGGCACUGGUGGAUUUCCUGUGCCAGAAUAGCAACUGUCUGGAGAAGAGAACAACAGAAGGAAACACGGCUCUUCACUACAGCGUCCUGCAUCAUAAGCCAGAGUCUCUCAAAUUACUGCUCAAAGCAAAGGCAGCCCUACACACAGUGAACUCCGCAGGAGAAACAGCCCUUGAUAUUGCACGGAGGCUGCAGCAUGCACAGUGUGUCGAGCUGUUGGAGCUGGCCCAGAGUGGGAAGUUUAACUCUCAGAUCCACGUGGAGUUCAUGUGGGAGACACAGUCUCAGGAGUUUUAUGACAGCGAGGAUGACCUUGAUGAGAGGGUGAGCCCACUACCCAAAAGCCGCUCUUCCUUUGCCCGCUGGAGCAUGGGUAAUGGUGCCAAUAGUAAUGCUGGAAGCAGGCCUUGUCAGACAUAUGAAAAUCUAGACUUUCUAUACAGAAAUCCUCCAGCCAACAGCGCCCCCUCUGGAAUAUUAAUGCCUCCACCACUGCCAGCUAAAUCUAUCCAGAGAGGUCGCUCGGACCCCCAGAUUUCAGUAACGACACAGGAAGGCCACCCCAUACCACGACGUUCCUCUAACCCAGCCUCCCAAUCCUCCAGUCCCCAGGCACAGGCGAGACAUAGGCCCCCUUCUCCCAACACAGAAAACCAAGGCCAAGGGGCGAGACCACCAAGGUCUCCCCACGGACAGGGAACUCUGGUCAAGGGACACAGGCAGAGCUUGGAUGGCCAACCGGGUGCUCAAAGCAGUGUCACGCCAACAUCCUCUCACAGUCACAUAGGGCCUGUCAGUUCAGAGAAGACCACAUCGUAUCGUCGGACCAGCAGUGGAGGAGGCAGCCAAGGGAAGUGUGGAGUGCUGUCACCAAAUUGUGUGGGCAGCCAGGAAGAGCUGUACUGCAGCUUAGUGGGGAACAGUCCAGGUCUCACCCCAGCUCCUGCACCAGCACCGCCAUCCUCACCUCAAGUGACUUGUGUCCCACGACCCCGCAGGAAUGCUAUGGUUUCUGGCAGCAGGCCACAUCAGAAGCGUGUCAAGGCUUUAGUGGACUGCAGAGCAGUCAGUUUAGAGCAGCUUGCCUUUUUCAAAGAUGAGAUCAUUGUGGUCACAGCCACUAAUGACCCCCACUGGUGGGUUGGUCACAUAGAGGGGGAGCCAUCCAGGAGUGGGACGUUUCCUGUCAACUAUGUACACAAAUUGACAGACUGAAGGGACAGGGAAAUAUGAACCUACUGUUUGGUAACAUAACAGAGAAACUGAACCAGCCUGGGAUGCUUACAGGAAACUUAUCGUCAUCACACAGUGGACUUACCUACAGGAGAAGACAUUGUUUAUCUCCUGGAUCCAUCUCAAACCAGAGGGUUUGAGCAGCCUGAGAAUAUUUCCACAUGAGGAUUUACGAGCCACAAGACACCUCGGGAUAAAUGGCACUGUUUUAGGAUUUUUUACUUUUUAACAUAUACUCAUUCUGGAAACCAACAAGGGAACCGAAGGCUUUCAGACCCAUAUAACCUCUCAUUCUAAGAAGAAUACCAUCCUCAAUACCAUCCUCUUGUUGGCCUAUUAUUGUCUUUUUAACUGCAGUUGUCUAAAACCAUGAAUCACUAUUAAUAGGUACGAAGGCAUAUGUGGUUGGUGUAGAAAAACUGCUCUACUAUGUGAUUUUACUAUUAAUUAUACAUUUUAUUGCAGAUGUUUAAGUUGUCUAUACUGAUCUAGGAUUUGUAACUUGAGGCCAAACUUACCUGCCGGGCAAAACCCUUUAGGCACUUUAAACUCGUAUAGAAGAAAUCUUCUGAAGAGUUGGCAGCGUUGUUAAUGUAAAUAGUUAGAGAGCUGUCUAUUAAAUCAUAGUUUACUUGUAGACUUGGAUUUGAGGCUUCAACCUGCCCAGCGUCUGUUGCAGCCUGCCCUGGGACUCUGUGCCUGCCGGUCUGUCUCCAACAAAAUGGCAGGCGCCUGGGCAGAGAUCUGAAACUUUAGCCCAGCCAUCUUUACUCUGGGCACAGCUCACUGCCUGCAAGGAGAGUGGAGGAUCCAGUUUCUUCUGGCUCCAGGCAUCAGUCUCAGGAGAACCUGGAAUAACCACAGUGUGUUUAAAAAAAAAGAAAGACUCUGCAGAAAUGGCACUUAAAGAGAGCUUUUCAGCAACAGCACCCCACUGCAGUAAUUUGUUCACACACACACACUUACUGUGGACAUCACAUAAGAUAUACAAGACACAAGCACACUUGCACUUACAUUACACAAAGAGUAGCUCCAAGAUUUAGGAACUGUUUAGGAAGAAUGGAGAGCUGGGGGAGAGGUUAAGCUGCUCCACUCUUUAUAGUCGUUACAAAUGUAACACAUUUCACUGCUAUUACAUAUGAUUUGUUGUACAAACUUGUAUAAAAAUGUCCACUGAUGUACAGUAUAUAUCACCUGUGUUCUCAGCUGUUAUGCAUUAUAAAGGAUUGUAUUAUUACAGAUAGUGUUAUUCAAUGUUGUUAAUUUGAUGUCCUCUUAUCCAAUGUCAUGUGUCCUCUGUUCUGUUUCAUUAGUUGUCUUAAUGACUCUCAGAGAGGAAAAAAAAGAAGGGAAUAGACAGUUUAAUCCUCUGUUCAGAAAAGGAUCCUGACACACGGACUGAAAAACACUGACAGUGAUGAGUUAAGGUGGACAUGAAGCAGGUGUUAUUUUCAAUCAGUCUUGAGUGUAAAGGUACAGUGUAUAUCAUUUAAGGCGUUCUAUUGGCAGAAAUGGAAUAUACUAUUAAUUAUGUUUUCUUUAGUAUGUUAACACUUGAAAAAUAGAAUUAGUUUUUUUGUUACCUUAGAAUGAGUCUAGGCGUUAAUAUCUAUAUAUCUAUAUCUACAUACGGAGCAGGUCCUCUUCACGGAGCCAGUUGCCAUGUUUCUUCAGUAGUCCAAGAACAGCAAAACCAAACACUGGCUCUAGAAAGGGCCAUUUGUGUUUUUCGCGCUGGCCACCAACAUGCUCGGCACACAGGAGAAGCGCCUGGCACCUCAGCGCUAAAUGCCAAAAGAUGCUAAACACUAGUCCUUUAAACAAAAAAGUCUGUUCCCCCUGUCACGCUUUCUGCCUUUAUUGCCUUGUUAUAGUGUUAAUGUAUUAAGCAAACAAAUCAGAAGACAGGUGUGUUAUCAGAUAAAUGCAAAGCAGUCCAUGAACGCAUUAAAGAACUGUCAGUAGGAAUGUAAAUUAAUUCAUGUUCUACACAUAAAACGUGUAAUAAAAGUGCCAUACAGUCUUUUAAAGUGUGAACUAAGUGAUAUUUUUCUGUGUCUGUUAUGAGUGAAAUGAUCUUAUGUAUUGUGGCUGGCUUAAAAUUUGAGCAUAACUACGGACCAAAAGGUACUGAACCCUUAAUCCUCAACACAGGGACACAUCGCUUAAAUUAAUAAGGGAUGAACGCACAUGUAAAACCUACUUCCUAGGAAUGUGUAUAAAUCUGCAUAAAACUCAUUGUGAGAGGUUUUUAGUGGUCGUUUUGCACACUCAUGUCCUUCCAGCCUCAUUUGUUCUCCAUCCGGAUGUUCAGUUCUGAUCCUCGGAACCAGAGCCAGGAUGAUGAAAUUCCAACCUGUCACUUACAUAACCGGUCACCUCACUAACAGCCAGGAUAAUAAUGCCACGGCUUAUUCUGCUCUGACAACCGAGUAUCCCAUGCAAACACACACACUUAAUUCUCCAUUA